AUGCCAAAAAAAGUGAAGAAGGGGCGUGGGAAGGCGGAGGAGGGGCGGCUGGUGCAGCAGCAGGAGAGGGCUCAGGCGGUGGAGGAGAUGAACCGGAAGGAGGAGAUGCUCACUCUGUUCCUCAAGGACAAGCUGCAGAAGGAGCAGAGGAACACUGCGGUGAACUGGCUGAAGCUCACCGAGGUGUGGAGGUCGACCCUCCGUCAGUCCCGGGAGGUGGAGCUCCGGGCCGAGGUGGAGGUGCAGCGCCAGGCGUUUGAGAGGCAGCUGGACGACCGGGACAGCGUCAUAGAGAGAUUGUUGCGGGAGCUGCGGGAGGCGGAGCGUCAGGAAGCUCAGGUGUGGCACGCUCACGCGCAGCACCUGGAGCGUCUGCAGGCGCAGCAGGACAGACGGCUGGGAGGCGUCCGGCAGCACUGGGGGGGCAUCCUGCAGCACGCCCGCUCCACCUUCAGCUCUGAAAGGGAGCAGACUCUGAAUGAGUUCCAGAGGCAGCAGCUGGAAAUGCAGAGCCUGAUGCUUUCCACAGAGCAGAGACACCAGGAGGCGCUGAGCAGCGUCCAGCAGCUCUAUGACGACUGCCAGGUUCACCGCGAAGAGUACCGACUGGCACCGAACGACGCCGAGGACCAGAAGCCCCUGCAGGAGGACCUGCUGAACCUCCAGAAACUGAGAUCACUGCUCACCGAGAAAACAGAGAAGAACCAGAGCCACAGGAGGAGCAUAGACAGGCUGCAGGCCGCCAGCCAGCGUCUGAAGGACACGCUGAGCCGGGUGAAGACGGAGAACAGGCUGCAGGCCGAAGAGCAGCGGGCCGCGCGAGACGAGCUGAAGAAGAAGUGUCAGCAGCUUCAGGACUGGCUGACUCAAACCCGCUGCCAGGCCGGGGGGCGGCUCGCCAGGCUCAGCGUCCAGGGAGACAACGCCAGCACGAAGCUGCAGGCCGCCAUCAGCAAGGGGGAGAAGGUUCUCCGUGUCGGAGAAAUCUGCCUUCAGUUUGAGAACGACCCAGAUGUUUCGAUGCUGCCGUCAUCUUCCUCGUCGUCUCUGAACUCGGAGGAACACACACAGCUGGCGAUGCAGCGCCUGAAGGCCGCCGAGCUGCAGAGAGAGGCCGGGCUGCAGCACGGAGACCGGCUGGGCCGAGACAACCAGCAGCUCAGGAUCCUGCUUCGCCAGAGUUUGGAGGACUGCACCCCGCUCGCCGUGUCCCAGGCACCGACCACCGACAUCCCGCCGGCCGCUGACGGACGCCACACCGUCAUCGAGGCGGUGCACGCCAUCAAACACUACCUGUGA